AAGUCGUCGAGGUGCGUCAUAAUCAGAGUUCAGGCCACUAUUUCACAAUCGCAAGUGAUAAGAGUAAUAGAACAACCACUCACCCCCUCUCCGAUCUAAUGGCCACCGUAAUCGACGGCAAAGCCGUUGCGCAAAUCAUCCGAUCUGAAAUCGCCGACGAGGUGCGCCUGCUCUCUCAAAAAUACGGCAAGGUUCCGGGACUAGCAGUUGUGAUAGUAGGGAACAGAAAGGAUUCACAAAGCUACGUGGGAAUGAAGAGAAAGGCAUGCGCCGAAUUGGGAAUCAAAUCCUUCGAUGUGGACCUUCCCGAACAAGUCUCCCAAGCUGAACUAAUAAAACAAGUUCACGAGUUGAAUGUUAACCCUGAUGUACAUGGUAUAUUGGUUCAGCUUCCGUUGCCUAAGCACAUAAAUGAAGAGAAAGUUCUGACUGAAAUCAGCCUUGAGAAGGAUGUAGAUGGCUUUCAUCCUUUGAACAUUGGCAAGCUUGCAAUGAAAGGCAGAGACCCCCUAUUCCUUCCCUGCACUCCCAAGGCAUGUAUUGAACUAUUACAGCGAAGUGGUGUAAGUAUAAAGGGAAAGAAAGCAGUUGUGGUUGGCAGAAGCAACAUAGUUGGACUACCAGCUUCAUUGCUGCUUUUGAAAGCAGAUGCUACAGUUACUAUUGUUCAUUCACACACAAGUCAACCGGAAAGUAUCAUACAUGAAGCAGAUAUUGUUAUUGCAGCAGCAGGACAGCCGAUGAUGAUCAAGGGAAAUUGGAUCAAACCAGGAGCUGCAGUCAUAGAUGUUGGCACAAAUGCUGUUGAUGACCCAACAAAGAAGUCGGGUUACAGGCUUGUUGGAGAUGUAGAUUUUGAGGAAGCAUCUAAAGUUGCUGGUUGGAUUACUCCUGUUCCUGGUGGUGUAGGUCCAAUGACAGUGACAAUGUUGCUGAAGAAUACUGUGGAGGGAGCCAAGCGCUACAUUGAGCAAAAUAAUUGAUCUUCCUUUAAUUUGAAUAAAUGAAAGGUAUGUACUAUUAGUUUGAAAUUCUUUGAGAAUCGGGUUUAUCCACAGUUUUGUUUCUGCUAAGGUAGAUGAAUGCAUCCUAUAAAAUCACAAGGAUCGGUUUCAAUGGGUAAGCAGAACUGGUCCAAUCGAAACUAUGUAUUUGCCCUUUCACUAUCUCUGAAGAAGCAUUCUCGAUGUGGGUACUGAGCAUAUUUUAGAUUGGAUUUAGACCAUAGGUAGUCCUUGGAGAUAAGAAACGCAUGUUUUUUGGGAGUACUUUUGGAGUGGACUGAUCUGUAGCCACAGUGUAAGUUCUGUUCUUAUGUAAGAAUCAGUUCUACAACAAAGUAUAAAAAUGUGGAGUAAUAUGUAGAACACAUUUUUAAUUCUUAAGUGGUUUUACUAUUAGAGUAAAAAGUUA